GACGCACACGAAGUCGAAAUUCGAAAAAUAAAAAAAAUAUUGUGUUUGUUUUCAAACCUGUUUCAAACUAACAUACAAAAUAGGCUGUUGAUCUGACUCCCAAGCAAAUAAAAAGCUCUUCAAAAUGAGUUACAUGCUAGGACAUUUACACAAUGGGUGGCAAGUGGACCAAGCUAUAUUGUCGGAAGAAGAUCGAGUUGUGGUUAUAAGAUUUGGACACGAUUGGGACCCAACAUGUAUGAAAAUGGAUGAAGUUCUUUAUAGCAUUGCUGAAAAAGUGAAGAAUUUUGCAGUUAUCUAUUUAGUGGAUAUUACGGAAGUUCCAGAUUUCAAUAAAAUGUAUGAAUUGUAUGACCCCUGCACAGUCAUGUUCUUCUUCAGAAACAAACACAUAAUGAUUGACUUGGGAACUGGUAACAACAAUAAAAUCAACUGGCCACUAGAAGACAAACAGGAAAUGAUUGAUAUUAUUGAAACAGUCUAUCGCGGAGCACGAAAAGGCCGAGGUCUUGUUGUCUCACCCAAAGACUAUUCUACAAAAUACAGAUAUUAAGGUAUAUUGAGCUUUUGAUUUUUGGACAAUUUUAAUAGCUCUGGAAGACGCUAAACAUGUUGUUUAGAGAACUAGUGUCCCGAUUUCAGAGAAUCAACCAAAUUGAAUCAAUUUGAUUGAGUUUUGAGACAAAUAUUGUGAUAAUUAUAAUUUUUAAUAUAUUAAUUUACUAAAACCUU